UCCUCCCUCCAUCAGUCAGGAUCGACACUGCUGCCACUGAUUGGAGACGCAGGAACUGAAAGUCACCCGCGGCUGCGCGCUCCUCUGCCGCGACUCCCGCUCCUCUCCACGCGUCCGCCGACAAACCCCACGCACUCACACAGGAAGCGCUCCGGUCCGGUCCGGGACCUCCGAGCCCACGGCUGACAUCCAUUCGCGCUCCCCGCGACCUCGCGCGCUCACAAACAGGGCUCACGGGGGUCUGUGGAUCUCCGGUCCGCCUCCGGGUCCAGAGCGGGAUCUGCGGGAUCCGAACCGACACUCCACCCUGGAUUCUCUCUUGCUGACCCAUGGACAGAGCCUCAGCAGCGGCCAGCAGCGCCACAGGCACGCGGUGAACAACUCCUUCUCUCUGGGUGAGGCUCCUUUAGGGGUGUGGAGGAGGAUGGAGCAAGGAGGAGAGAGUCCCGUCUCCCAGGGCAGUCCCGAGCAGAAAAGCAGCAGUCCAGACCUCAGCAAUGCCCCCCCACAGGGAAAAAGGAGUCGACUGGAGCUCAAUGGGAGCCCCACUGGGCCACGAAUGCGCCACAACGGAGCUCUUCCACGUCCGCUUGGAGGUCUGUUGAUUCCAGUCUUCUGCGUGGUGGAGCAGUCAGACGGAGGAGUUCAGACGGAUGGAUGUGAGGGACGGGAAGAGCAUGCAGAGUUUGUGCUGGUCAGAAAGGACAUUCUUUUCUCUCAGCUGGUGGAGACGGCUCUGCUGGCCCUCGGCUACUCACACAGCUCUGCUGCACAAGCCCACGGCAUCAUCAAAGUGGGGAGGUGGAACCCCCUUCCCAUCCACUUCCUGACUGACGCCCCAGAAGCCACGGUUGCUGACAUGCUGAUGGAGGUGUACCACAUGGUCACGCUGCGCAUCCAGCUGCACAGCUUCUCCAAGCUGGAGGACCUGCCCUGGGAGCAGUGGAACCACGCCACAGUCAGGAACGCCCUCAGAGAGCUUCUGAGGGAAAUGAACCAAAGCACUUUGGCCAAAGAGUGUCCGCUGUCCCAGAGUAUGAUUUCCUCUAUAGUGAACAGUUCGUAUUAUGCCAACGUCUCCACUGCCAAGUGCCAAGAGUUUGGUCGCUGGUACAAGAAGCACAAGAAGGUCAAAGGUGAUUACCUGGAGAAGUCGUGGGCGGGGCGAGACACCGCUGACAUUAAAGUUGAAAGGGACAACAUGGUAGACUUCUGUUUGCUGGGACAGAGACCCCCCCCUCACCUGUCUGGGCUCACUCAGCUCAGCCACCUGAACGCUGGCACCCCCCUGAUCAAAGCGGGGUCAGGCGAAGCUCCUCAGGCCCCCCAACAUCCUCCUCUUCAGCAGCAGCCCUCGCCUCACGGCCCUCUGCACCACAGCCCUCCUCUGCGCUCGGGGCAGGUCCCACCCCCUCCACCUCCGCCCCCACCUGGGGCUCUGCAACCCCUGCUGGGCCCAGGUGGGCUGCUAUCUCCCCAGCUCUCCCCCCAGCUGGUCCGGCAACAGCUCGCCAUGGCCCACCUCAUCAACCAGCAACUAGCCGUGAGCCGCCUGCUGGCCCACCAGCACCCCCAGGCCCUCAACCAGCAGUUCCUCAACCACCCGCCCAUCCCUCGUGGAUCAUCCAAAGGGGGCGACCAUCCCAGCAGUAACCCAACAGCAGCAGAAGUGUCCUCUGAAAUCUACCAGCAGGUCCGAGACGAGCUGAAGAGGGCCAGUGUCUCCCAGGCUGUGUUUGCCCGAGUGGCUUUCAACCGAACACAGGGCCUGCUCUCAGAGAUCCUACGGAAGGAGGAGGACCCUCGCACAGCCUCACAGUCUCUGCUGGUCAACCUGAAGGCCAUGCAGAACUUCCUGAACCUGCCAGAGAGCGAAAGAGACCGGAUCUAUCAGGAGGAGAGGGAGCGCACCAUGAACCCCUCAGUGGGCCUUCCUGCCUCUAACUCCCCCAACGCUGGAGCUCGUCUCUCACAGAAAGUGUGGGACAGGAGCCUGGAUGAGCAGAUCACUCCGGAUUCCUGGGCUUCCAUCUGGAAGAACAAGACCAAGAUAUCCAGCUCUCCCAAGCCCCCCGGCCCGGCUCAGGACCUCUCUCUGAAGCUGGAGUCUCUGGUCAACAUCACAUCAGGCAUCUACGAUGAGAUCCAGCAGGAGAUGAAGAGAGCCAAGGUGUCCCAGGCACUGUUUGCCAAGGUGGCUGCCAACAAGAGCCAGGGCUGGCUCUGCGAGCUGCUGCGCUGGAAGGAAAACCCCAGCCCAGAGAACCGCACCCUGUGGGACAACCUGUGCACCAUCCGGAGGUUCCUGUCGCUACCGCAGCCCGACAGAGACCUGGCAUACGAGGAAGAGUCCCGGCACCAUCACAGCGAGAGGCUGCACACCAUCCUGCACCUGCCGCAUGACACUCAGGCACUUCACAGGCCACCUCCCCCAAUAAAGGAGCACCAUCCUUCGCCUGCGUGUGAGGAGGUGCUGCCCACUUCAGUGAAAGAGGAGAGGUCACAGCCUUUGUUAGCGGGCAGUCAAGGUGGAUGCCCCCCCAGUACUCCAGGGAGCACAGCGAGCAGCAAGAAGCCUCGCUCCCGCACAAAGAUCUCUUUAGAGGCCCUGGGCAUCCUGCAGAGCUUCAUCCAGGAUGUUGGACUAUACCCUGACCAGGAGGCCAUUCACACCUUGUCAGCACAGCUUGACCUCCCCAAGCACACGAUCAUCAAGUUCUUCCAGAACCAACGCUACCAUGUCAAGCACCACGGCCGCCUUAAGGAGCUGGGUGAGGGGGCAGCUGCCAGUGGAGGUGUGGAUGUCAGUGAAUACAGAGAGGAGGAGCUCCUCUCAGGCUCGGAGGACCCCGAGUCCAGCGAGGAUGGAGCCGAGGAGAUCUACCAGACCCCAGAGGGGGGUAGUGUGAGCACAGCAGGGCUGAACCAGCCUCCAUCCUCCUCCAGCUCUUCCUCCAGCCAAGCAUCCUCAGGCAUCAGCAUGGCUCAAGACGAGAGCAGGGACAAGGGCCACGCCCGGCUUGGUGGCGCUCUGGCCCCAGGCAGCACCUCAUCCAGUCCUGGGGAGCAGACAGACUUCCAGAGAUAGAGUCUGACCCACGGGAGAGAGACCGCCAUGAACGACUGGAGGACAGCAAGACGUGGAUGUCCCUGGAGGCACGUUGACCAGGAAGCCGUAAGCCUGAGCAACCACACGGAUGAUUGUUGUCCUCAGAAUCAAGAGUAGGUUUUUACCUCAGCAGCAGGUUGGAGUUCUACUGGGACUUCUUCACAAAACUCAAAUUUCAAUGCAGAUUUGAAGUCCACAUCGCAUGUCUCUGAACUGCAAAUAGAACAUUUCCCCACCAACUCUUGAGGAAACAGGACUUGUCUGACUUGAGAACCUUCUUCAGAAACCAGGAAAACCCCCAGUCCUCAGGACCCCCCCGGACCUCACCUGCCCCGUCAACAACACUCAAAGCUUUAUUUCUUCAACUUAUUGUGCUCAGCACAAUGCUCACAAAGGUCCCCCCCACCCCCCAGAGACACCAAAGUUGGUGGAGGGGGGCAUCAGAGCUCACCCCUUCCUGGUGACAGCCACAGACAUGUUCUGAGAGUAAGUCUGUGAGGGGGACACAGAGAACAAGCAACCUAACAAUAAGUCACUUUAUGUGCAGGAGCCCCCCCCACACACACACACACUUCCUCCCAGAAUUCCAGAGUUCCACCCCCAACCCCAUUAAACUAUUUAUUACUCUAUUUCUUCAUGAUUCCUGCUACCAUUAUUGUUGUUUGAUGGUCAGAGUGGAUGUUCUGUCCUCGUAGGGGGGCUCAGAGCCCAGCCCACAGCCGAGCCAGACGUUACUGAGUGUUAAGAACUGUCCCGUCAUGUUGUGUUCUGAAGCCACUUCUUGUUAUUGUUGUUCCAAAAAUGCUGAGAGCCUUCUCCAUACGAGGCGGCUCAGACAGCGGGGGCCUGCGUCUUCUGCUGCGCUUUGGUGACAAUCCUCGUUUUGAGCCACAAAGGAGAAGUUUCUGUUUUUUUCACCUUUAGUGUGUAAAUACCAACAUGGGUUAAGUGUAAAUGACAUGCUUUACUUCCAUUUUGCUAAUUUUAAAUGUAUGAGCCAGUUUGGAGAAAACGCGACUAUUAAGGAAGACUUCCUGCUUCUGUUGGACGUCCGCAUGUGUGGGCGUGUCCUUAAGUCACAUGUGAGUGCGGCCUAUCACGCUGCUGCGCUCUGACAUGCCUUUCCAUCAUGGCUCCCAAUGACCACAUGUGCUUCUUUGUGUGACAGGAAUCAGGGUUAGGAUCCAGUGAAAUCUUAGUUCAUCUCUGUGUUGAAGUGAAUAAAGAUUUGUAACUUAAAA